AUGAUCAAAAGUUGGACAUUAUUUCCGUUACUUACCCUGCUGGAAAUGGUUGCCUGGAGUAAUGGCUAUCGGAUUUUAGGUCUGUUUCCCCAUCCAGGUCUAAGCCAUUUCAAGGUGUUUCAUCCAAUAAUGCGAGGCCUGGCGAAUAAUGGACAUCAUGUUACAGUGGUCAGCUAUUUCCCAGAUGCCAAUCCCGUACCAAAUUAUCACGAUCUUCGUUUCGAAGGGCAAGACAUUUUGACCAACGCAUUUAGCUUACAGGAUUUCACGGGCAGAACCUUCUUCGACAAUUUUAAGGAAUUCUAUGAAUUAGUUGUCUGGGGGAUGGAAAGUUGCAAGGCGGCUCUCAAUUCUCCAGCAAUUGAUACGAUACUCGAAGCCCACCGUAAAGAUCCGUUCGAUUUGGUCAUAAUGGAAUUCUUUGCUACCGAUUGUAUGGCAGGAAUAACCUGGCUGAUGCAAGUGCCUUUAGUGGGUUUGAGCAGCUGUGCGCUGAUGCCAUGGCAUUACGAUCGUGUUGGAUUGCCCGACACGCCCUCAUACAUUCCGUCGGAAUUUAGCACAUUUUCGGAGGAAAUGUAUUUCUGGGAAAGAGUGGAAAACUGGUUAGUUACCAGAUUGGUGAAGAAUUUAUACCGCAUCGUACAGAUUAGUGACAAUAGGUUAUUGAAAGCAAAGUUUACGCACGUAUCCAUACCAGACGUGCGUGAGAUCGUGAGCAAUACCUCGUUAAUAUUGGUCAAUCAGCAUUACUCACUUAGCGGUGCUCGGCCAUUGCUACCCUCGGUUGUGGAAAUUGGCGGAGUACACAUCCAAAACACUAAUCCUUUGCCAACAGAACUGCAGCAGAUUCUGGACGAAGCAAGAGACGGCGUGAUAGUGGUGUCAUUUGGAUCCGUUCUUAAAGCCGCUACACUCCCGGAAAGAAAACGUGCUGCAAUGAUAGAAUCAUUUCAACAAUUCAAUGAACGGGUGCUGUGGAAAUGGGAGGAACAAAUGGAAAAUCAGCCAAUGAAUGUGUUCACACAAAAAUGGCUUCCCCAGAAGGACGUGUUGUGCCAUAAGAAUGUGCGACUUUUCGUAUCUCACGGAGGACUGCUGGGUGUAUCUGAAGCUGUUCACUGUGGCGUGCCGGUAGUGGCCAUGCCAAUCUAUGGCGAUCAAUUUCUUAAUGCUGCGGCAUUGGUUAACCGUGGCGUUGGUGUCCGUAUGGCUUACGAAAAAGUGGACAAUGUAACUUACGUUGUCGAUUGCAUUCAGGAAGGGUUAAAUCACGAGAGAAAGCAAAAUGCUCAAGUGCUAGCUAAAGCUUUCAACAAUCGUGCCCAGCAACCGCUUGAUUUGGCUCUUUGGUCGAUCAUCAAUGUAAUCGAAAACGGUUCUAAGGGAUAUACUCGUUCGUAUGGAGCAAAGUUACCCUGGCAUAUCUACUACUCGUUAGAUGCUAUUAUAAUGCACAUGUUCGUAGCCGCUGCAUUGUUGUUCCCUGUUUUAUUUUGCUGUUACAAAAUGUGUUUUGGAAAGCAUAGAAAAUCAACAGAUCUUGUCGCCAGGAGAAAAAUCAGUAAACAAAAAAGAUUUUAG